UAGUAUUUAUAAGCUCGAACUUCGAUCUUUAUUCUACUACCACUGUACGUGUUUUUCCAUUAUUGAGCCUUCUCCUUCCAUCCCUUCCCAUUAGCGUGUCUUCCUUUGUAUUUUCUACUGCCACCAUGGUAUAGAAUUUGAUUGAUAUUGAAGCAAUUGAUCAGAAGUUGCAGAUUCGAUCGAGGUUUAAAUCUUUGUCAAUGGCCAGCGAUUUUUCCUUGGCGACGUAUGCGCCGGGAGCUCCGAUCACCGGCGAGCGGAAUCUUAAUCUUGAUCUUCAAGAACAAAUUCCCAAGCCAUAUCUCGCUCGAGCAUUAGUGGCAGUAGAUCAGAGCCAUCCAAAUGGAACUGAGGGAAGGGAUCACCAUAAUUUGAGUGUGCUUCAGCAGCAUGUAGCUUUUUUUGAUAGAAAUAAAGAUGGGAUUAUCUAUCCUUGGGAGACAUACCAAGGCUUUCGAGCUAUAGGGUGUGGAGUAUUCUUAUCACUCACUGCUGGAUUCUUGAUUAAUUUCUUGCUUGGUUACAGCACACAGCCAGGGUGGAUACCUUCUCCUCUCCUUCCAAUCUACAUAAAAAACAUACAUAAAUGCAAGCAUGGAAGUGACUCUGAAACAUAUGAUACAGAAGGAAGGUUUGAUCCAGCAAAAUUUGAUGCAAUUUUCAGUAAAUAUGCAAAGACAUAUUCAGAUGCACUAACAGGAGAUGAACUCCACACAAUGCUUGGAGCUAAUCGCAACCUCACAGAUUUCAUUGGAAGGGUCAUAGCAUCAGCGGAGUGGCGGUUGCUUUACUCGCUUGCAAAAGAUGAAAGAGGCGUGCUACAGAGAGAAGCCAUUAGGGGAUUGUUUGAUGGGAGCUUAUUUGAGCUGCUGGCAGAGAAGAGAAAAAGAGAAUAAUUUUUUUAUAAUUAAUUGUAAUCUCAAGCUAUCACAUAAUAUCUAGUAUUCGCAUUUAUUUUCAUGCCGGAAAAAGAAAGCAGAAGUAAUGGAUGACUGAAAAAAAUAGUAUAAAAUGGAUGGGACUUUAUGUUUAUUUAUGAAUGCCAAUAGUGUAUUUGUGAGAAUAAUGCUAUGCAUAAAGGAUUUCAUUAA